AUGAGUUUCCAGAUAUCUGUUGCCUCGGCUAAAUGUCUUGAGGAUCAACAAUCAUUAUUGCUCCAAAUUAAAAACAAUCUCACAUUCGAAGCAGACAGUUUUAAUAAACUGGAGCAGUGGAAUCAAAGCAUUCCUUGCUGCAAUUGGAGUGGUGUAACCUGUGAUAACGAGGGGCAAGUUAUAGGCCUUGACCUGAGAAACGAAGUAUCCGGUGGAUUUGACAAUUCCAGUGGUCUUUUCAGUAUUCAAAAGUUGACCAAGAUUAGGAUGUUAUAUCUAGAUGGUAUAAGUAUACCAUCUCAAGGAUAUGAAUGGAGCAGUCUUUUGUUGCCGUUCCGUGACCUACAAGAAUUAGGCAUGUCAAGCUGUGGUCUUUCAGGACCCCUUGAUUCUUCCCUUUCAAAACUAGAGAACCUAUCAGUCAUUAUUCUUGGUGACAAUAAUUUUUCAUCCCCAGUGCCACAAACAUUUGCCAAUUUUAAAAACCUGACCACCCUCAGUCUUGUAGAUUGUGGGUUGACCGGUACAUUUCCACAAAAUAUUUUUCAGAUUGAAACAUUGUCUGUUAUUGACUUAUCAUUUAACUACAAUCUCCAUGGUUCAUUCCCAGACUACUCACUAAGUGAAUCUCUUCAUAGCAUUAUAGUGAGUUACACAAACUUCUCUGGAGCAUUACCUAGCUCUAUUGGCAAAUUGAGGCACUUAUCUAAAUUGGAUCUUUCCAGUUGUCAAUUUAAUGGAACACUUCCAAAUUCAUUGUCAAACCUCACACACCUCAGUUACUUGGAUUUGUCAAACAAUAGUUUCACAGGUCCAAUGCCACCAUUUGGCAUGGUCAAAAACCUUAUCCACCUAGACCUUUCAGAUAAUAGUUUAAGUGGCGAAAUUCCAUUAUCUUCUAACUUUGAAGGACUGGAGAAUCUUGAAAUCAUUGACUUAAGUUAUAAUUCUAUCGAUGGCAGAAUUCCUACAGACCUUUUUUCGCUGCUGUCGAUACAAGAGAUUCAUCUUUCAUUCAACCACUUCAAUACAGUAGAUGAAUUUACAAUCAUCUCUCCCUCCUCAUUAAACACUCUUGAUUUAAGCAGCAAUCAUCUAUCUGGUCCUUUUCCAACAUCUAUCUUUCAGCUUGGUUCACUUAAAGAACUCGACCUUUCUUCUAACAAGUUCAACGGAUCCCUAUUGCUAGAUAAAAUUUUGGAGCUUGGAAACUUAACUGAACUAAACCUUUCAUACAACAACAUAUCAAUUAAUGGGAAUGUUGCUAAUGUUGAUCAAUCUUCUAUUCCUUGCUUUUUUCUACUAGAACUGGCAUCUUGCAACUUGAAAUUUUUCCCUAGUUUCUUGAAAAACCAAAAUCAAUUGAGCGUGCUUGACCUUUCAAAUAACCAGAUUCAAGGAAUAGUACCAAAUUGGAUUUGGAAAAUGCAAGGGCUUGAAAUCCUUAAUAUUUCUCACAAUUUUCUCACUGAUUUGGAAGGACCUUUGCCAAAUCUUACUAAUGACUGGAUGUCUCUUGACCUUCAUAAUAACAAAUUGCAAGGAUCAAUACCUGCUUUUCUUGAAUAUGUUCAAUAUUUGGAUUGCUCAAUGAACAAAUUUUCUGUUAUCCCACAAGAUAUUGGUAAUUCCCUCCCUUCCUUAAGAUUUCUCUCUUUAUCCAACAAUAAUUUACAUGGAAGCAUUCCUGAAUCCUUAUGCAAUCUCUCACUUCAAGUGCUUGAUAUUUCAUUCAACAACAUCUCUGGAACAAUUUCUCCAUGUUUAAUUAGAAUGACUAGUAGUACCCUUCUUGUAUUAAAUUUGAGGAUGAACAAUAUCAAUGGCCCUAUACCAGAUAUGUUUCCAACUUCUUGUGUUGCAAGUACUUUGAACUUCCAUGGAAAUCUCUUACAAGGGCCAAUACCUAAGUCUCUCUCACACUGCACAUCAUUAAAGGUAUUGGACAUUGGAUCAAAUCAAAUUGUUGGUGGUUUUCCAUGCUUUUUGAAACACAUACCAACACUUAGUGUCUUGGUUUUGCGGAACAAUAGAUUGCAUGGUUCCAUAGAAUGUUCACUCUCACUGGCAAAAAAGCCUUGGAAAAGGAUUCAAAUUUUGGACAUGGCUUUCAACAAUUUCAGUGGAAAACUACCUGAAUUUUUUUUCACAACAUGGGAAAGAAUGAUGAAUAAUAAAGAUGAUGGUGAAUCAGACUUUAUCUACAUAGGGGACCGGGAACUCACAUCGUACUCAUAUUAUCAGGAUAGUAUGACAGUUUCCAUUAAAGGUCAACAGAUAGAGUUGGUUAAAAUUUUAAAAAUCUUCACAGCCAUUGAUUUAUCAUCCAAUCAUUUUGAAGGACCACUACCAAAUGUGCUGAUGGACUUCAAAGCACUUUAUGUUCUCAACUUUUCAAACAAUGCUCUCUCUGGUGAAAUUCCAUCAACUAUCGGGAACCUGAAACAGUUGGAGUCCUUGGACCUCUCAAAUAACUCUCUGGUUGGUAAGAUUCCUGUGCAGAUUGCAAGCCUGUCAUUCCUUUCUUUCUUGAACCUUUCCAUCAAUCAUUUGGUGGGGAAGAUCCCAACAGGUACCCAACUUCAAUCAUUUGAAGCAUCUUCCUUUGAAGGAAAUGAUGGGCUAUAUGGACCUCCAUUAACUGAAACACCAAAUGAUGGGCCAGAUAAGCCGCACCCACAACCAGCAUGUGAGAGAUUCGCUUGUUCAAUUGACUGGAAUUUUUUAAGUGUGGAAUUGGGAUUUGUUUUUGGGCUCGGAAUCAUCGUUGGUCCCCUCUUGUUUUGGAAGAAAUGGAGAGUAAGUUAUUGGAAACUCGUAGACAAAAUUCUCUGUUUGAUUUUCCAGAGGAUGCAUUUUGAAUAUGCAACUGAUAGAGGACAGACAUACAGAAUUUUAAGGUGGUGA